CACAGAGCUAGAAAGGUUGGUCUGGCUAACUUUUUCUGACCCUUUGUAAUUUGUUUAGAACGUUUGGUUGGAUCAUGGUCCGGUAUGACUCCAUGCCCAAAUGGCCAAUGACCGGUUCAACCGGUCAUCUCCUCGCCAAUCUACCAUUCAAUCCAAAACCGCUGUAUUUCUUCCAUUGGGUGCAACAUUGUUUCCAAUCCCUCAAUACAAAACCCACAACUGUCUUCCUUUCUCCCACCCCUGCCCCUUCAUCCUAUAUAUAAACAAACACCACUUUCUUCAACAUUUUCUCUUACAAAAUCUCAGAGAACAAAAAAGCAAUAACCUCUCCCUCUCUGUCUUAUUUUAACAUUUCUGAGAUUUUCCCAUGAACCCCAUUUUUUGUUUCAUGGUAUUGCUACAUGCAUUCAGUCUCAAACAGAUGCAUAUCAUAGGCAGCCAGGCUUUAUGUCAGAGGAAGGGACUCUUUGAUUCGGGAGGCUUUGCAAAUGCGAAUUUUUUGUUCAAAAAAAGUUUCAGUGGCACAUAAUGUAAGUCUUCUCUCUUGCUAAUAGCUAGUAAGCGGUAGCUUCCCCUUGCUUUUAUAUGCCCUUAUCAUUUGCAAUAUAAUUAUUGACGGAUAUUUAAGUUAGAAAGCUUUAUGUAUAUAUAGUUGGAAGGUACGUAUGAUUAAGUUUUUGUGCAUAGCUAAGUUUAAUAUAGUGUGGAGAUCCUGUAUAUAUUAGGAAUUCACUUACUUAGUGCAAGCUUAAUUAUAGAAAGAUAAGCAAAGUAGGAAAUUUAAGAGAAAUCUCAUUUUGGAUUAUAAAAAUGGUUUUUU